AUGUCGUCCAACAGUCCCCUCCCCGCGUACGCCUCAUAUGAGCACAUGCUCGUCAGCUCGCCGGCGCCCUUUGUUGCCCACGUCGAGAUCAACCGCCCGCGCAAGCUCAACGCCUUUUCGCAGGCAGUGUGGCUCGAGUUUGGGCGCGUCUUUGAGCAGCUUAGCCACGAUGCUGAAGUGCGCGCCGUCGUCCUCAGCGGCGCAGGCGACCGCGCUUUCACCGCGGGCUUGGAUGUGCAGGCGGCUACUUCAGACGGCGUCCUCAACGGGGGAGAGCAGGAUGUUGCGAGAAAGGCAAAGGCCCUGAGGAGUCACAUUGAGGAGUUUCAGGCAUCUAUCAGUGCUAUGGAAAAGUGCGAGAAGCCUGUAAUCUGUGUCGUUCAUGGUAUAUCUAUUGGCCUCGCCAUCGACAUUGCCUGCUGCGCCGACAUCCGCAUCUGCGCUUCCAACACACGGUUCGCCGUCAAGGAGGUUGACAUCGGCCUGGCCGCAGAUAUCGGCACCCUGGCGAGGCUGCCCAAGCUCGUGGGCUCGACAUCGUGGGUCAAGGACGUGUGCCUCACGGCGCGGGACUUUUCAGCGCAGGAGGCUCUGUCGGUGGGCUUCGUGAGCCAGGUGCACGAGGGCAAGGAGGCGGCUGUGCAGGCCGGGGUGGCUCUGGCGGCGACGCUGGCGAGCAAGAGCCCGGUCGCGGUGCAGGGGACGAAGGAGUUGCUGAACUUCGGGCGCGAUCACAGCGUUGAUGAGAGUCUGCGGUACACAAAGGUGUGGAAUGCGGCGGCUGUGCAGAGCAAGGACUUUUCGCAGGCGCUGAUGAGUGGGCUGAAGAAGACGAAACCGAGAUUUGAGAAGCUGUAG